UGAUACGUGUCUCGUGCGUAUUUAUGCCUGGGGUUGGUUGGAAAUACCGCUUCGGACUUGUAUACGUGUCGUAUAAUCGUUUAAUAUGUACCUGCACGAGAAACCAGGACUUUAAACCCUAGUGAUAAAUAUGGGUGAUAAUUAAUCACAGUGUCAACUGUUCGAAACAGUAUCAUCGGGUGUUGUUGUAGUGCGUUAAAAGGUUCGAGUGAAGGAAAUUGGUCCAAGAUCGUUGGAACGUGUCUGUGAGCCAAUCUUAUGAGAACGAUCUUCUGAGUGGUGAAAUUUACAUAAAGCUCGAAUGAUACAUCGGCGCGAGUCUAUUUUUGAAGUUUGAAAAGUGGGGAUCACAUUCGGGUCGUAGAUGUUUUUUUCUCGAUCUGUGGUUUGAAUUACCGAAAAAAAAGUGCCGUAGAUGACCCUUUUCUUGUUUUAUUCUUCGUGCCGUUUGGUUUUAAAAUAAAUCCACUUUUCAUCGCGUUUCACAUUCACGCGGUGUAAACCAUUACAAAUACGUUUUAUAAUCAAAUUUACGAUCUUUUACGACCCCCGUACGUCGCUUUUCCCUAAACAAUAUCAAACCACAAAUCCGCUACUGCCGCUGUUACUGAUUCACUGCAAACUCUAUACUCCACUAUCACAAGAAAGACUCGAGUAAACAAUCUGAACCACAAAACUUUCCUACUUUCAACCAACUGCAGUUGUAAACCCCGACCCCGUAAACACUUUAUCUUACCCAGUUAGUUCGUUGGAGCGCGCAGUAAAUCCUGUGUGGCAACAAAAUGUGAUACCGUACAAAGACGAUGUACACGAUAAACUCGCCAUCAGAUUUUUCACAUUAAACAAGUACGGCGGCGAGAAGCAAUAUCGUAUAUCCGGGAAGAGUAUGAGGACUGGAUGCUGCGCUGUUCAAACAGCUGGUGUGAUAAUCGCUGAAAAUACACCCUUUAUCAUCCCUCGACAGUCGUCGAGUUUUGACGAGGAUUGAAUGAAAAUCAAGGAGGAAGAGAGAAGAGAUAGAACAGAGAACAAAACGAUGGCGUCUUUGUUCUUGUUAUAAUGAACGAGAGGUGAACUCUAACCACGACGUACAAUAUCUGCAGCUCUCUAGCCCGUUGCUGGGUCAAAGCAAAAGGGGUGUUCAAGAACCCAUUAAAUACUCAUGGGGGUAGUCUGUAUCGUAGUAAGAAUUCUGUUUUCGUUUAUCGCGUUAAUCCAGAUGGAAGCUUCCGCCGGAUGUCGCGAGCCCCAACUGCCCCGUGAUUGCGAGUUUCUCUGCACGACCAGUCGACAGGGCGUUGAAACGUGUGAAUUGAGGAUUGCGGUUCUCCUCCCAGCUGAUUCAAGAUACGAAAUUUCGCUGCCUAAGGUGCUGCCUGUACUGGAUUUAGCCGUCUACGACGCCAGGGCUCGAGGGCUUCUGCCUUCCUGGUUGAAUCUCACCUUUUUGCCACAGGACGAUCACUGCGAUGCCACUUACGCGCAGAUUGGAGCUUUCGACAGCUAUUCGAACUGUGUUCACCUAUUUCUGGGACCAGCGUGCGACUAUAGCAUUGCGGUGGUUGGAAGGGUGGCAAAGUUCCUGGGUGCCCCGGUAAUUACCACCGGGGGUUUCACCUUCGAUUUCACUCAAAAAAAGAAGGAAUGCAUCGACGAGUAUUACAUGACUUUGAGAAUAGGAAAUUUAGCAUUCAGAGAUCUCGCCUAUUUCUUCAUCGCCAUCAUGGACAAAAACAAAUGGCAGAAGGUGCAUCUUCUCUACGCAACGAACGGGCAGACUCAAGUCGCCGGAAGGCACACUUGCCAGUUGAUGAUGAAGUCCAUGGUGGAAUUCGUCAAACGACGACAGGAUUUUACUUUUGGAACCUUUGACGCUGAAACGACCUCCCCCAAAGAUUACGCCGAAACGCUACGCGAUCACGUCGGGAACAUCUACAGCGAUGCGUUUUUGGGUCCUUCUUGCGACUACGUGAUCGCGCCGGUAGCGAGGUACGCCGGAGCCUGGGGCAUCCCCGUUCUCACGGCUGGAGCCCAAGCGGACGCAUUCCGCCACAAGGACGAAAACUAUCCAACCCUUACCAGGAUGAUGGGCUCCCAUCGACUGGUCGGCGAGGCGUUGCGACACAUUCUAAGGGGCUUCGGAUGGAAAGUAGCGGGCCUUAUGUAUCACAAUCACGCCGCGGCCAGCGGUCGUGGAAUAUCGGAUUGUCACUUCACCCUUAGCGCAGUCUUCAGAGCUCUCAACCAGACCUCGGUUUACAAGAGUUUCGACCAGGAAACGGCAACCCCUAAGGAAUACAGGCAACUUCUCGCCUCCCUUUCGGAUAACGCAAGGAAUGCGGACGUUAGAGAAACCCCCGGCCGGGUCUGGGUUGUCGUUAUGUGCGCGAAUGCCACGACGAUUCGAGAGAUUCUACUCGCCGCCGAGGAGCUGGGAAUGGUGGACUCGGGAGAAUACGUGUUUUUCUCCAUCGAGCUAUCCUCAAGCGACAAUAACAGCGAGGAGCCGUGGAGGGUCGAAGGUGACACGGAGGUGAGGAACGAGAAGGCGAAAAAGGCCUACCAAGCACUAUUAACGGUGACCGCUCGAACACCAGAUAAUCUGGAGUACCUAAAUUUCUCGAGGGAAGUAAAAUCUCUUGCGCAGAGCAGGUACAAUUUUACAUUCGGCAACAGUUCGGUAUCGACAUUCGUCACGGCAUUCUACGAUGCGGUUCUUCUCUACGCUUUAGCAUUGAACGAAAGUUUGCCAGACAAACCGGGCGAGGUUAACCUGGACGGUGGUAAUUUAACGCGGAGGAUGUGGGGGAAAAGUUUCAGGGGAAUUACAGGUGACGUUAACAUCGACGAAAACGGUGAUAGAAUAGCGGACUAUUCGCUCCUGGAUAUGAAUCCUGCGACAUUGAAAUUCGAGAUCGUGGCUAAUUACUACGGAGCGAACCAAACCCUGGAAUACGUUGCUGGCAGACCAAUUCACUGGUCAGGUGGACGUCAAGAACCUCCGCCCGACACACCCACCUGUGGUUUUGACGGGACGCUUUGCCCCGAUAACUCUCUACCGGGAUACGCGAUUCUAUCGAUAGUCCUGAGUUCGAUCGUCGUGGGUCUGGUGGUCGCCUCGGUUUUCAUAUACCGGCACUUCAAACUCGAAGCAGAAAUAGCAUCUAUGACGUGGAAAGUACACUGGCACGAUAUCCUGGUGAUGCCGCAUGCCAAGACCAGAGGAUCGACUUACUCCCUGCCCAAUAAACACCGAGGAAGCCAGCUCACUAUGUACUCGGAGGACAACAUAAGUAUGGCCGGUGGAGUAGACAGACAAAUCUACGUACCCACUGGAAUAUACAAGAAUUCCAAAGUCGCUAUAAAGCUGAUCCCCAGAAGCAAGGUAGAAAUCUCGAGACCGCUCCUGUUGGAGUUGAAAAGGAUGAAGGACCUGCAACACGAUCACCUGGUGAGGUUCUACGGAGCUUGCGUUGACCCGCCGCACUGUUGUCUGCUCACCGAAUACUGUCCGAAGGGGUCACUUCAGGAUAUUUUAGAAAAUGAUCAAAUAAAACUGGACCGAGUUUUCCGGGGUUCGCUCAUCCACGACAUUGUUCGGGGCAUGGCGUAUCUACACGCUUCCGAAUUGAGGAGCCACGGAAAUCUGAAGUCCACCAACUGCGUCGUUGACUCGAGAUUUGUACUAAAAAUCGCAGAUUUCGGACUCCACGAACUACGGAGACCGACACCAACGGACCUAGACGAAGAUAGGGACAGCUACGCAUCGUGGAGAAAGCAGCUUUGGACGGCGCCGGAACUUCUGCGGCUGGAUCGACGUCCCCCGGAGGGAACGCAAAAAGGUGACGUCUACAGCUUCGCCAUUAUCGUUCACGAGAUCGUCGUACGUCAAGGGCCUUUCUACCUGGGAGACGACAACGACACCCCGCCCAAAGAGAUCGUCGAAGGCGUCCGAAGGGGCGGCGGAUCUCCACUGCGACCUCUUAUCGACGAAGCAGCUGUCGAGGAAGAGGUGGCCACGUUGAUGCGACGUUGCUGGGCGCAAGAUGCAGCGGACAGGCCAGACUUUCCGGCGUUAAAGCAGACGAUUCGUAAGAUCAACAAAGAUUACGAGAGCAGCAACAUCUUAGACAAUCUUCUCUCGAGAAUGGAACAGUAUGCCAAUAAUUUGGAAACUUUGGUCGAAGAGCGCACAGCCGACUACUUCGAGGAGAAGCGUAAAUGCGAGGAACUACUCUACCAACUUCUACCAAAGUCAGUCGCUUCGCAGUUGAUACUAGGCCAGAGCGUCAUCGCUGAAACCUACGACCAAGUCACCAUAUACUUCAGUGAUAUCGUCGGGUUUACGAGUCUCUCCGCGGAGAGCACGCCGCUCCAGGUGGUCGACCUACUCAACGACCUUUACACGUGCUUCGACUCCAUCAUCGAAAAUUUUGAUGUCUAUAAGGUUGAAACCAUCGGCGAUGCGUACAUGGUAGUUUCGGGACUCCCGGUGAGGAAUGGUACCAAUCACGCGAGAGAAAUAGCAAGAAUGAGUCUCGCGCUCAGGGACACCGUGAUGACGUUCAGCAUCCGCCACAGGCCGAACGAACAACUGAAACUACGCAUCGGAAUGCACUCCGGACCCUGCGUGGCUGGGGUUGUCGGACUGAAAAUGCCGAGGUACUGCCUCUUCGGAGACACGGUGAAUACAGCUUCUAGAAUGGAAAGCAAUGGCCAAGCUCUCAAGAUUCACGUUAGCCCCCAGACCAAGGAGAUCUUGGAUACCUUCGGAACGUUUGAUUUGGAGUGCAGAGGAGAGGUCACGAUGAAGGGUAAGGGAACCAUGGUGACCUACUGGCUUCAGGGUGAAAAAUCCAAGUCUACGAACAACAAUAACGUGCAGACGAGGCCCAACGCAACGGCGAAUCAAGUGCCGGCGAUCGCUCAUCAGCAUCAACAUCAAAUGCAGAAUCAAAACCGCACAGCGGUUGGACUAACGGGAAACGGGGCACCUCUGAGCCUCGUUUCUCCGUCACCCCUACACCGAGCGAACGAGGGUGCCUUGAACGGAGCCUCGACACAUUCUCCGCUUUCGACGCGUAUCAACCUCGACAGCGUUCCGAAUCACGCUGAUUCCGGCCCUGGGGCUCCGCUUCUACUUCCAGCAGCCGGUGGAGCUCACCCACGCGUUUAGCUCUUUUUAGUUCGAUCCUUGACUCAACCCUCGCCCGAUCCUUCCUUUCCCAAAUUCCUUGAACCAUAACGCACCCAAAACUAGAGAUUAAAACGCGCUCUGUUGCACGGGCGACCAGGUAUUACAUGGAACCAAUGUUGCCGAAAUUAGCGAUUAGGAAGAAGGGGAUCAGACCUGGGGAACAAUUCCCCUGAUACGUUAGUUCGUACCUACGUCGUUUACCGAUAUAAUCCAGCCAGAAGCUAUUUUACGACCGGAUGGAAGGCUGCGAGAUUUUGAUUAGGACGAGAAGAGGGGAGGCCAGAGAGAGAGAGAGAGAAAUGGAGAGAAGGUUCAGAACUCGAGGAAGGAAAUGAAUAAUUUUGUUACAAGGGAUAAAUUGACGAAAGAACAAAGUAUACUACCCUGUGGUGAAGAUGUUCCAAUAGGGGAUGAAAUGAGGAAUGACUUGCGGUGAGAUCCUCUUCGUAAAUCGCUAGGAAGUGAUCUCUUUGUACAAGGUAUCGCGGAAUCAAUGUUACCAUUUAAUAGCAUAGCUAUAACGAUUAGGGACUAAUAAAGAAAAUAUAAUCGCGGAUACGAUAACCAGACAUUGUAUCCUAGUUGUAUGAUAAAUAAACUCGCGUCAAUAUUACAGAAUUUCAAGCGCAAUGAUGGCGGGGUGGAGGUCGAACGCGGUUAUGAAUAUCAAUUUUUUUCGCGAUUCUCGUGUAUUUCGAGAAAAAUAAUUCAGACCUUGACUCGCGCCGGAAGUACACUUAAAGAGAAUGACGUACUCUUUUAAUAAAGCAUCCCUCCGAGUCUGCGCGGAGUUGGUCUUUUUAGAAUACUAAAUUUCAAAGCACUACCGUACAGCCUACACCCCCGUCCGGAGAGGUGGAAAAUAUAAAAGAGGAAAAAAGCCAGUGAGACUAUAGAGAAGAAUUAAUAAUACGCUACGGAAGCUAAAAGUAAAAAGACAAAAUAAAAACCCAGUGUAUAAAGCAAAGUUUUCUUUCAUGUAUUGAUCGUCGUUACGAGAACUAGGUGAUGGAACGAAAAUCAAAGAAUUUUAUUUAAUCUAUAAUCUAAUCUCGGGAGGCUAAUUUUUUAUCCUUGAAAUUAUAUAGGGAUGUAAUACGUGUACCUAUAGAUACUGCGGACGAUUAACGAGUACUUCGCAGCGAAGUAUAUGUAUAUAUGUAUAUAUAUGUACUUAUAUAUUUGAAUAUAACGUAUAUAUACAUAUAUGUAUAUAAUUAUAUAAAUAUGGCGGGAUUUCAAUCCCGUCACUCAGUAUUAUACCAAUCGUAUUUUUAUAAUUUAUUUUUUUAAACCCGGUAUAAGUCCCGUAACAAGGUCUUCGCACCCGGGGAUUCUUAUCUAGCCUUAAUAUUUCAUAUCCAGAUUCAUUUUUCACCACUAAAAUAAUUAUUGUUACUGUUAUCAUUAUUAUUAUUAUUAUUAUUAUUAUUACCAUUAUUGUUAUUACACGAAUGCACCCCCCAUUGGAUGUAGUCAGUCGUUCAUUAUAUUGCUACGAGUAAGAUAAACGGUCCGGCCUAUUUCGGGGCCUUUGAGCGGCCAGCGGAAAGCAGUUACGUAUGACAUUACUAGUUUUAAGCACAAUUCACAAUUUAACGUUAACAAAAAUUAAUGAAAAAUUAUAUAUAUAUAUAUAUCUAUAUAUAUAUAUAUAUAUUAUCGAAGGACCUUUGAUAGCCUGGGAUCAGAGAUGUGUACGUCUAUAUCAGAAAUUAUAGGACAUGAUGAAUUUUCUUUUAAUUUCUUCGUAACUGAAUGUUACAUCGAAAACUGUUAUUUUUGUCAGUUCAGAUGAUGUUCUUUGUAUUCCACCCAAUCGUUUCAAGGUCACAGACUGUCAGAGGUAAAUUUUGGAUUGUAAUAUUAUAGUAUUACGUAUUCGAAGAUAUGACGACAUAUGGUAUGUUAUAGAAGAUUUAUGAGUAGUUGUAAUGAUAAGAAAAAAAUUAUACACAUAUAUAUAUACGAACAUGUAUGUAUGUGUGUAUAAAAUGGAGCUAUUAAACCUAUCACAGAUCGAUGUGUAGAGUCUAGAGAGUCGAGGCUGGGCCUUCGGCGAGUGCGAGACUUUGAGGAAUAUUUUAUUUUAUUUUUUUCACUUGUUCGAAUUUUUUUCUUUCCAACGGGUAUACAGCGGAGAAAAAGUAGAAGAAAGAGUGAAAGAUGAAUAGCAGGACGAGAGAGGGAAUGGAAAAUUGGGGUGAAAAUUGACGCGCGAAUCGAUCCAGCGGGUGAAUGACUGACGACCGAUGAAUGAACUUUGAAAAGAAAUAUUGACGUCAAAAUACACAUUAUAACGCGUAACGCCGAACGAAAUUAUAUUUGUGUCAUUUGAUUAUUUUAAAAUUGUGUAUACCAACGAUAUUGCACCUCGUAAUAAAGUUGAAAUUGUUUUCAGA